AUGAACUUAAACAAUUUUUAUUUUAAUAUUAAAAUUUCUCCUUGACCAAUUAUAAUUUCUAUUAAUAUAAUAAAUAUAAUAUUUAAUUUAAUUUUAUUUUUAAAUUUUAAAUUUAAUAUAAUAAUAAUUAUUAUUUUAUUGAUUAAUUUUAAUACAAUAAUAUUAUGAAUUAAUCAUAUAUAUUUAAUUAAUUUUAAAAUAAAUUAUUAUAAUAAUUUUAUUAAAUUAACUAAAAAAAAUUUUUUAAUAUUAUUUAUUUUAUCAGAAAUAAUAUUUUUUUUAUCAUUUUUUUACAUUAAUUUUUCUAUUUAUUAUUUUAAUAAUAUUAUAUUUAACUUUACUAAUUUAAAUAUAUUUAAUUUAAAUUUUUUUAUAGCUCUAAUUAACUCAUUAAUUUUAAUUAAUUCAAGUUUAACAUUUAUAAUAACUUUAAUAUAUAAUUUAUCAUAUAAUCUAAAAAUAUUUAAAUAUAUUAAUUUAACAAUUAUAUUAAGUUUAUAUUUUAUUAUUAUUCAAUUAUUUGAAUAUAAAAUAUUACAAUUUAAUAUUAAUAAUUCAAUUUUAAUAUCAAAUUUUUACAUACUAACUUCAUUUCAUAUAUUUCAUGUAAUAAUAGGAUCAACAAUUAUAAUUAUAAUUAAAUAUUUAAAAUUAUCUUCUUUAAAUAAUAUAAAUUUAGAAUUUAAAAUAACCUGUAUCUAUUGA